UUGAAGAUCGUCCCAUUGAGACCCGAAGCAACCCAAAACUGUCAUGGCUCAACAAGCACCUGCACCUGCAGUACCCUUGCCACAUCCAUGGCAGGCGGUUCCAGAUCCGGCUACAGGACUUGUCUACUACUGGAACACGGAGACGAACGAGACCAAGUGGACAUGGCCGGCCACUGCUGCGAAUCCAAGCACGGCAGCAGUAGCGCAAGCACAAGCGAGCUCAGCUUGGCAUCAAGCACAUCCGCCAGCAACUCACGCUCCUGCUUCUCAAAGUAGUAGUGGUACUACUAGUAGUAAUAGUGGUAGUGGUGGUGGUGGUGGUGCUGGCCACCAGCCGCCAAAAGCAGAACCCGCUCAGUUCCAGGCGUCGCGAGUCAACAACGUCCAGCAAGCAGGGCAACAGCUGCUGCUACCAGUGGAAGAGCCGACUGCGCUGGUUUACACAUCGUGCUGGAAGUGCGGAUCCAAGCGACCGCUGCCACAGGAGGGAAUUUGCGUCCCAUGCAAAACUGGCGCGGGCGAGCCACUACCGCCGUACCAGGGCCAUCAUCAACGACCUAUGCCGGCUGCUGCGUCACCAUCGACAGCUGCACAUGGGAAUGCAGGCCGGCCUGAGAUUGGUCCCGUCAUGCCGGGCAAGGCACCAGCACCAGCAUCGUUGUCUGUGAGCAAGGAGCAACGGCGACACGACAGCGCGCCGUACCAAAGCCACGGUGCUCGAGGCCGCGGAGGCGGUCCCGGAGGCUAUCGAGGAGCAUCGCGAGGAGGGCCACCUCGCGGUCGGGGUGGUCGGGGUGGUCGAGGCGGCUAUGGCGGUCGUGGCGGCCACCAUCGUUCUGGCGGCGACAGCGAGGAUGGCCUUGAUCCCAUGGAUCCGUCAUCGUAUUCUGAUGCGCCCGUAGGAUCCUGGGGUCGCGGCAUGAAUGCAGAUGUUCCUUUGUCGUAACUUGAGUUUUCUUUUGUUGGUUUGGUUAUUGGUCAAGCAAUGUUGGAAUUGAGCAGUUCCAGC